UCAAUUUAAAUAAGAAAAUACAUUAGCUUAAAACAAAUGACAGAUAAAAAGGUAUAUAUAUAAAUUAAUAAUUUGUUUAGGAAGCUCCACCAAAAAGACCCCAAUGUGCCUUCUUUAUUUACAAAUAGGAGGUGUACUAAUAAGUCAAGGAUGCUCAUCCCGGCAAGAAAAUGACCGAUAUCACCAAGAUCAUCUCUGAAUAGUACAAACAACUUCCUAAGGAUAAAAUUGAUUAAUACGAAUAAAAAUACAAAGACAGCAAGGCUAUAUUUGAAAAAGAAAAGAAGUUCUCAUUUAUAUAUAUAUUUUUAUAGAGCCUAUGAGGAUAAAUUCGGAAAAAUUAAGAAUGAGAGAAAGAAGAAGAAGGAAGAUGGCAAGGUAACCAAAAAGGCUCCAAAGAAAUAAAAGAAAUAAGAGUCAGAUGAAGAUGAAAGUGGAUCAGACGAUGAUUGAAAAUUCAUAUUUAAUAUAAAUAAUUAUUUUUAUUAU